AUGUCUACCGAAAACCAGGUUCCAUCCUUGAAUGCAGCUUAUCCUAAAUAUGUUGAAAGAACGCCACUGCGUGACCUUACAGCCCUAAAUUUUGCUACACCUGACCAAAAAAUUACACGAUCUUCUUCCAAGAAAAUAUCCAGCCAUUCUGCUUUUGAAAGCAAUCCACAUUUAAAGGCUCAUCUUAAAUCUGUUGAACGAACCCCACUGCAGGACCUUGCAGCUCUUAAUAUUGCUACACCUGAUCAAAGGAUUACACGAUCUUCUUCCAAGAAAAUAUCGAGCCAUCAUGCUUUUGAAAGCAAUCCACAUUUAAAGGCUCCUCCUAAAUCUGUUGAAAGAACGCCCCUUAUCGCUCUAAAUAUAGCUACACCUGACCAAAGGAUUACACGAUCUUCUUCCAAGAAAAUAUCCAGCCAUCAUGCUUUUGAAAGCAAUCAACAUCUAAAGGCUCAUCCUAGAUCUCUUGAACGAACGCCCCUGCAGGACCUUACAGCUCUAAAUAUAGCUACACCUGACCAAAGGAUUACACGAUCUUCUUCCAAGAAAAUAUCCAGCCAUCAUGCUUUUGAAAGCAAUCAACAUUUAAAGGUUCAUCAUAAAUCUGUUGAACGAACGCCGCUGCAGGAUCUUACAGCUCUAAAUAUUGCUACACCUGAUCAAAGGAUUACACAAUCUUCUUCCAAGAAAAUAUCCAGCCAUUCUGCUUUUGAAAGCAAGCAACAUUUAAAGACUCCUCGUAAAUCUGUUGAACGAACACCACUGCAGGACCUUACUGCUCUUAAUAUUGCUACACCUGACCAAAGGAUUACACGAUCUUCUGCCAAGAAAAUAUUCAGCCAUUCUGCUUUUGAAAGCAAUCAACAUUUAAAGGAUCAUCAUAAAUCUGUUGCACGACCACCAUUGCAGGACCUUACAGCUCUAAAUAUUGCUACACCCGACCAAAGGAUUACUCGAUCUUCUUCUAAGAAAAUAUCCAGCCAUCAUGCUUUUGAAAGCAAUCUACAUUUAAAGACACAUCAUGUAGCUGAUGAACGAACAUCCCUUGAGGAUGUUACAGCUCCUCAUGUUGCUUCAUCUGAACAAAGGAUUACAAGAUCUUCUUCCCAGAAAGCAUCCAGUCUUCAUGCUUCCAGUCAACAUUUAAAGGAAUCUUCAUACAGUACAAGUACUCCUGUCAAUGUUUGUAAUGACUCUUUGGUUACUUCGACAGACUGUAUAAAAAGGAAGACUAAUAAACUAUUGCCAUGUUCUCUUUUUGAGUCCCGAUUUGAAAAAUGUAAUCUAGAAGCCCCUACUUCUAAUCUGGCAAGUAAAGAGCAUUCCAGUCAGCCUAGCCCAAAUCUGCAACUCUCAGAGAAUGUAUCUUCUUCAUCUGAAAUGAAAGCACUUCCUGUUCCUGAUGUAAAAGCUAACAGGUCAAUGGAAGUGAAGACUUCUACUAAACUGGAACUUGAAGAAAGCCAAGACUUAGGGAAUCCUGAAUCUAAAACCGAUAAGCUUCAAAAUGAUGCUGUUCACUCAUCAGUACUUUACAUUAAGGAAUGUUUAGCUAAUAGGAAUGAAUAUCUUACAACUGUUUCCAGAGUUGAUGUACCUGUGAUGGAAGAAGAUCAGAGCAGAACAUUACAUAUUGUAAACCAUACUUGUGAAUCAUUUGCCCCAGAAAACGAAAAUUUAGUUACUUCAAACCAUACAAGUCAAUCUUUAAAGGUGUCUGAUGAUUUACUUAGUAUGUCCGUCAGCGACCAUCCUAAUCUAUGUACACAUGGUAAAAUCUGUGAUAGCCCCUCUGUAGAAACGAGUCCUGUAAAUCUGUGCCCAUCUCUAUCAACAAAUGAGUGUCCCUCAAUUGCUGAGGAACUUGAGUUAAUAGUUGACUCUGACAAGUUGCACGAUGGUCUAGCUGAUGGCACAUAUGAAAUUGAACCCGUUCUUCAUGUUAGAACAGAGCAGAUGUUUAAACAAGCCACUGUGUCGCCCUGCCCGGGAGAAAGUAAUGUAAUUGCUACAGAUGAAGAGAUGCUCCUGUUUGAGUCAAACAAUGUUUUUUUCAAUGAGACUUUUGAACUUCCAGAUUUGUUGCAAUCUGAAACUGAACUGUACCAAAUCUUGACACAGUGUGUUUCAUGUUUUUCACCUGAAAGUCUAACUGAUAAGCCUCCGGAUAUGGAUAAAAUUCCUAAUGACCAAGAUGAUGAUCCUUCAAAAAUCUCCAUAACUUUGGAUCCUGAGAAUAUGACCGACAAAUCUAAUUUUGUAAAUUUCACAGUAACAAGCAAGAAUGCAGAGCAGAACACUGUAGCAGAGUCGACUUGCAAGGGCUUGUCUUCGGAUAGCUGCUUUCUUCAGACAGCGGAAAUGCUAGCUGACCAUGACAUAUACAGUAAUGAAUUUACAGACGUUUAUGCUUCUCUUAUGGAAGACCAUAUUCCAGAUCCAGUUUCAUCGACAGCGAGUGGUUUGAAAGCACGAUCUGUAAAACAUUGUGACCAUGAUUACAUUUCUGUAACUGCUGUUGAUAAGACUGACACACCUCAUCUCUGUAGACCGCUUUGGCCAUUAUUAAAUGCUAAUAGUUCUGCAUUCAAGGAGAACGGAGGAGGUAUGGAUCUGUACCCCUCCACUAAUGCAAGACACAGCUGUACUCCUCCAAUAAUGCAGCUACAUCAAACAUUGCACAGUGUUCCAGUGUCCAGUAUAAGCACAUGCAGCAAACCUGUUCCAACUUUAGAGAGCUCUCCACUGGAAUGUGGGACAUCCAUAACACCAAUAACACAAUCAAGUAAUGCUACAUGGACUACACCCAUUAUGUUGCUCAACAAGAGUGUUAACACCUCGCAGCAUUGUUCUGGAAAAGACUGUGCCUCAGAGACAGACUCCCUUCUUUGGAACUUUUCCCGGAGCUCGCUGUGUGAGACAUCGCGAGAGGAACUGAUUAAUCGAUUAGAGAGCAGUUCAAUUGUGAUCCAAAUUCUCUCCAGUCAGCUCCAGGAAUGGCAAAAUAAUGGUGCAUCUCUAAGACCGUUGGAACAAAAAGACUCUUCAACACAGACCUGUGCUACUUCUACCACUGCAGAAUUGGAUAAGACCCAGUUCUCUUCCAUAACGGAGUUUGCUGAGAUGUUGCAUGAGAUAAAACAAAUGGUCAAUACGGACUUGAUAGGCCAAUUAAGGGUCCUCCUAGCCGAUCACAUGACAUUCUUGAGUAAGGUGAAAGAGAAGAUGCAAUCUAUCGUGUUUGAAAGGGAAGAAGAAAUGAAAGCCAAUUUAGAAAAGGAUCUGUGUGCCAAAGAAGCUGUGGACCAGCGUUUGAAAGAUCUUGAGACUCAUUACUCCACGAUCAUUGCUCAGAUGCAGGAGGACGUUGAAUCUGGGAAGCAGCUUAAUGAGGCUAUCACACAGGCCUAUGAGCAACAGUGUUCUUGUAAUGCAGAAUUGGGGAAUUUGUCCCAGGCAUUUCAGUCUGUUUGUGAACAAAUAGAAGAUGGUCAAACCCAAUUGCAGUUACAGUUUUCCGAUGCCAGGGAACUGAUAUCUCAUCAUUACCAGCUGCUGGAAGCUAUGAAGACAAGAAUUCAAACCACUCUCCAGGAGUAUGAAGUAAUGAAGAGUGAGAGGGACAUAGCCUACCAGGAAAAUGAAGGCUUGUGCAUUCAAGUGAAUGAACUGAAAUUUCAGAAUGACCAGUUGCAAAGUGAGACUUCUCAUGUAACCUCAGAGUUAAAAUCCCUGAUGGAACAUUUAUGUGAAGUGAAAUCUGAAAAUGAUCAGUUAAAACAAGACCAUUCUGGACUGAUGGAAGAGCUAUUCGCAAAGAAUUCAUCUCUGAAACAGCUGGAGCUGGAAUUUAAAGAGACAACUGCUCGGAUGGAGCAGGACCUAUCCGAGGCUUUUCAGCAGAAUAUGGCUCUAAAGCAGCAGUUUCAAGACCUAGAGAGACAACAUGGUUCUCAAAUUACAAUUUACACUGAAAGCAUUGAGUUUCUUGAACAAGAAAACCGUGUGUGUCGGGAGCAGGUGUCGGAGACCGAAUCACAGUUGAAAGCCAAUCUUUUUGCAUUACGGGAACGAAAUCUGCAGUGCGAGACUCAGAAGGACAAAAUCGAUGAACUUCUGAAAGAAAUUAAUGAGCUACAAAUGGAUCUGCAUUUCUCAAAGAAAGAGGCUCAGAAUAUGCAGCUAAAAAUGGGCAAAGAACUCUCUGAUUCCUCCACAGAAGUCUCGGGGAUCAAGGAGAACGUACAGAAACUGACCGAACGCAUACGAGAUGCAAUUCAAGGAGAGGUAUCUGAUACUUCCUGUUUACGAACGCCAGCUCGGAGCCUUUCAUUUUCCGAUUCUUUAGUUGGCAGUGUCCUGAAAGCUCGCUUAGAAGAACAAACAAGCCAGCAAACAGUGUCAAUUAUGGACUCUGAAAACAAGAAAAUUGGAAGAAUAUGGAGCGAAACAAGUGCCUUUAGUGUCGUGCGACCAGUGAUUUCACAAGCCCCUGGUGAUUCAGAAGUACACUUGCCUGGCGCAUUGCGUGAACUGAAUGAUUUUGUGCUUGACUUUGCCAACUCAUCGUCGAAGGCUAUUGAAAUCAAGCAGCAAAUUAUAAAAGAGCUCAACAGGGAAAUUUUUUUUCUUAGGGAUGAACUACAAAACCGAGAAUCCCAAUACAAAUCUGAAAUCCGUGAACUAAAGGAAGACCAGGAAACACUCCAGAGGCAAAAUCACUGUCUAAAUGAGGCUUUAAACCGCAAACAACAGUGUAUUCGGGAGCUGGAGGACAUAGUACAACAACAAGAACAGCGAAUACUACAUGAGCUGCGCAAGACAAAGGAACGAGAGGAAGUCUUUGAAGAGAAUGCUAUGUUAAAACGCUCGCUGCAUUUAAGUGAAAAUGAGGUCAAUCUACUAAAAGAGGAGAUGGCAAAGAAUCAGGCUUAUGCUGCCCAAGACUGGAUUCAGGAGAAAUUAAUGCUGCACAAAGAUUUGACCAACCUGAGAUUAAUGCUCAUCGACACAGAAAAUGCAAAGUCUGAAAUAGUGCAUCGAUCAUUGAAACACAGGGAUAUUUUGGAAAGGAAUCUUUCUAACUCUGAAAAAGAAUUAAAGAAGUUGGAUGAUAUCAUUGAAAAGAUAAGAGCGACCCUCCUAUCAAUACCAGAAGUUGUGUCCAGCAAUGAGAAUCUGAAAAAAGUUAUGGCAUAUCUUAAAUAGAGUGUAACCAUUUAAAGAGUACAAUCUUCGUGGCUGUUCUCUAAUAUUAUUGUACAUUAUAUAUUUAUUGUCCAUUUUAUUAAUGUGCUACCAUACAUUUCCCUAUUGCUUGUCUUACAGAACCAGUUGCACUAAUAGGAACACUCCAGCUCCCAUACCAGCUCAUCUCAAUGAAAUGGUUAUGAGGGCUUAAGAUCCUGGAUGCCUUAUUACCUUAUGGGGUUAACCUGCUUUCAAACCGUUGAACUGCAAAGCUGUCCUCUCAUCCCCUGUCUCUCCCUUUUCCGCCUCCUCUAGCAAUGCUACUAUUAGGGGAGAUUUUGCUUUAGGGACCAGUGAAAGGUUGACAGCAUCCGCUGAUGCUCUGUCUAUCACUGACCACCCAUUAUGAGGAAUGCUCUAGAAUUGUACGUCCUUUUCGAAAGGAUUGCAUUGCCUUUCAAUGGACGGCCAUUAAAAGACUGAGCGCAUCUAAUACAGUUACUUAGCCUUACACCGGUGCCCAAGACAAAAUCGUUCUUAAUAGUAUUGAGGCUGGAGUAGGGGACAAAGGAGCAGAGAGGACGGCUUAGGGGUUGCACUGUUUAGAAAUUGUUUAACCCCAUAAGGUAAGACAGCACCCAGGGUCUCCUGCCCCUGUAAUGGCUUUAUUAUGCCUUUAAUAUGGAGUUGAAGGGGGGCCAUCAUUGCAGGAUUUUAAGAUUGUUUACUUAUA